UCUGGGGACCAUCAGGCAAGCUCCUCGCCCUGGAUGCAACACCAGGACUGACUGCCUGCGAUGGUAGAUGAUGGUAAGAAGGGGCUGGUGGUCACAGGAUCCUCCUGAGGAGGUGGAGAGAGCAGAGGAGGGUGGGUAGGUGGUUGUUCACUGGGAAUCUGUAGCAGUUGCAUUUUUACUGGUUUCUCUGGUCGGACGGUGGGCGGCAUUUUCUCUCUGGACGUUUUCUGAUGGUUCAGAGAUUUAAACACAAACGAAGCUGAUCCAGAUUUUAAAGAUUCACCCAGGAGGCCAUGCCAGGCAGCCCAGAGAACAUCCCCCUGGGAGAGUGCACCCUCUCCCAGUCCAGGGACCAGCUGACGCCCCCGAGCCGCACGGAAAGCACCGUGUUCAGCCUCUCUCACAGCGAGUCCCUCUGGACCACCAAGGCCUCCCGCAGCAAAUGUGAAGUCUUCUGGUUCCCCAUCCACCUCAUGUCCACCGGGGGCAGCUUCCUGGCGUGCGGCAUCAUCAUCAGCGGCCUGUACUUCGCCGGCCACUGCAGGAAGGUCACCAACAUCCUGGGACCGGCACUGCUGUCCAUCGGGCUGAUGGUUUUCGUGGUGGGCGUGGUCCUGAUCCCCAUCACUAAGGAGAACAGGAAGCAGUCGACCAUGAAGAGACCCCUCAGCUACUACAGGCCUCCUGUGUUCAACCUGUGAUGACACUGGACGUCGCAAAAAAAAAAAAAAAAAAAAAAAAAAAAAAACACUUCCUGUCUGGAAGAAAUUCUGAAUGAAACACUUGAAAUGUACCUUUUCCAGCAUGGAAGCCUCUGUGGAAACAAAUUAUGACAUUUAUAUUUACUGCUCUGAUUUACAAGGACUGACAAAACUAAGCUCUUAUCUCAGUCUCAAGCGUGCAUGACAACAUUUGCAUUAAUAACCACAGCUGUCGGAAAAGAAGGUGAGAGCGCGAAGGACAACAAUGUGCUGUGUAAAACGCAAUUAUUCACACACAAUUUAGCGAUGAGGAUAUUAGAGAACAAACUGUCCUGAUGAAUAUUUAUGAGAGAAAAGUGGACAAGAGGGAUUUCCUAAUGCUGUGUGGUACAGUAUAUGCCAAUUCAUGAAUAAUUAAAGGCUG